AUCAACCUUCGGCUCCUACUCGACUUAAACUUCGACCACGGUUCGCGGCUAUCACUGCGGCCUUUAGAAUAAGAUCGACCGGUGAGGUAGUGGUUGAAGGUGGAGAAAGACGGGUGGCUAGCAAGUAUGUGAGUAAUGUUGUGGCCGUGAGUGAUGGUAGUGUUGGUGAAGAGAAAGAGAAAUAG